UUUCCUGCUGCAACUGCCAAAAAGGCACCGUUACAUAUUUUUGCAAAAAAACAAAAGGAAGAACCUCUGGAAACUGGGGGUCUUGGUGGCUUUCGCCAGAUGCCCAGGCUGCCUUUCACUUGCACAUUGCUGCCUGGAGACAGCGUGGUUGGCCUGGGUCACGCCCCACCUGGAGUUGGCAGGAAACUAAAUUCAUUCCCCCAAAGUCGCCAGGACUUCCCGGGAAGCUUCAGCCACCCUCAGUGCCAGGGUGUUUUUCCUCUGCACCUGUUCGCUUCCUGGCGGUGGCUCCUCUUCCGGUGACAGUGCGUGGCUCCUGCCGGCAGGAAUGGCAGUGACGUGUGCUCGAGACGUCUUCCAGCCCUUUGUCACCCUGGUCUUCCUGCAGCUCCCGCUGGCCAGCAUCUGUCACAACUGCUGUACAGACCCCUGUGCAAGUGGAGGCAGGUGCCCUGGCGUGGGGCGGGCAUGUCCAGCAUGGCAGGAAGCUGAGGCCUCUCCCCGGCAGUUCAGGGCUCAAGAGGUCCUCCCAGCUUCCGAGAUGAGGGAGGGGCGGGUGGGGGAACACCCGGCCUCCCCACAUAUGGCCUAACCCAGCCCUUUCUGAUCUGCUCCCCCAGGGAAAGCCAACUUUGACGUCAUUGGGCCUCAGGCUCCUAUUCUGGCCAUGGUUGGGGGACAGGUGGAGCUGCAGUGCCAGCUGUUCCCCAGUGUCAGCGCUGAGGACAUGGAGCUGAGGUGGUACAGGUGCCAGCCGUCCCUGGCUGUGCACGUGCGUGAGAGAGGGAUGGACGUGGAUGCAGAGCAAGUGCCACAGUACAGGGGAAGGACCACCUUCGUGAACGACCACGUGGCAGCUGGCAAGGCCACCGUGAGGAUUCACAGCAUCACCGCCUUCGACAAUGGGACGUACUGCUGCUGCUUCCAGGACGGAGCGGAGUUCGGGGAGGCCGUGGUGCAGGUGCAGGUGGCAGGGCUGGGCACGGAGCCCAGAAUCCAGGUGAUGGCCAGGCAGGACGGAGUCAGGGCGGAGUGCACGUCGGCAGGCUGGUUCCCCGAGCCCCGGGUGGAAUGGAGAGACUUCAGGGGCCAGGCGAGGCCUGCUGUGACAAAUCUCUCAGCUUCAGCCACCACCGGGCUCUGGGCUGUGGCGUCCAGCUUGACCCUCUGGGACAGGGCUGUGGAGGGUCUCUCCUGCUCCAUCUCCAGCCCCCUCCUCCCCGAGCAGAGGAAGGUGGCUGAAAGCCGCCUGCCCGCUACCUUUUCCAGAAGCUCCGGGUUCACGGCAUGGAAAGCGGCUCUGCCUCUGGUCCUCGUGGCAGUGGGACUCCUGACAGCUGGAGGCCUCUGUAUCUUCUGGAAACGUCAAAGGGAAAAGAACAAAAGACGGCUGGAAGAAGACAGGGAGCGAAGAGAAGAGAAGCAGCAGCCGCCCGCCGGCAGUGAUGAGACGGAGCCAUGGGGCGUGAGCCCGAAGCUGGACCCGGACACCGCGAGCCCCAAGCUCAGCCUGUCCGAGGAUGGGAGAAGCGUGUGGCGGCUGCUGUUCCCGCAGGACCUGCCCCCUGGCCCCGAGAGGUUCGAGCUGGAGCCCUGCGUCCUGGGCCGGGAGCGCUUCUGGACGGGGAGACACCGCUGGGAGGUGGAGGUGGGCGGCAGGCAGGCCUGGGUGCUCGGCGUGUGUGUGGAGGGCUUGCCGAGGAAGGGCAGGGUCCCCAAGGCCCCGCGGCACGGAGUCUGGGCGCUGGAGCUGUACCGGGGGCGCUGCCGGGCCCUGUCCUUCCCCAGGACACGCCUCCAGCUGGCCCAGCCCCUCCGGCGGGUGGCCGUCACCCUGGACUGCCAUGCCAGCAGCAUCUCCUUCCACAGUGGGGCGGACGGCUCCCUGCUCUACACAUUCUCUGGACUUGCCCCUGGGCCCCUGCGGCCAUUCUUCUGCCUCUGGACCCACGACCCCUGUCCCCUGAUCAUCUGCCCGGUGGGCCAAGAGACCCGGAAAGUUUCCGCUGACUCCGGAGACCUCUGGCUUUCCCCGGGAAACUCCAGUGGGGGAGACACCACGUCCCCCAUAGACAAGGACACUCCCCGGGCGAGGCUCACAUUCUCACCCAGCCCUGUCCAGCUCCGGGAGGGACGUCCAGCCCCUAAAUCUCAGCAGGACUGUGUCUGAGGGUGCGGCUCAGGGCCGCGAUCCCCCGUCCCAGCUCCAUCCUUCUCCUGUAAAAUGAUGGCACUAUGGUAAGCAUUGAAUCACGCCCCUUCGUAGGUUGACGUCCUAACCCCUUGACCUCCGAAUGUGGCUGUUUGGAGAUAAAGCCUUUAGAGAAGGAAGUGAGGUCAAAGGAGGUCAUGAUGUGGGCCCCAAUCCCAUAGGGCUGGUGUCUCCAUAGAAGGGAGGUCAAGUCACAGGCAUAGAGGCAUGGCCCUGAGAGGGUCUGGGAAGCCCAGGAGAGAGGCUGAGGAGAAAACGGCCCUGCCAACUGACGCCUUGGCUCGGCCACUGGCCUCCAGGACUGGAGACGGUCCGUGUCCGCCUUUAGGCCAGGCCUGUGGUCCUUUGUUACAGAGGCCCAGGCAGAUUAAUAAUAAAGAGUAGUCAGUACACCCCUGGGCUCCUCUGUGACAGGCAGAACUUGGGGCACGUGCAGAACCAGCAGCCCAGGGCCCUCGUGCUGCUCCAUAAACAGCAGCCCUCCUCCUCCUCCUUCUCCCUCCUCC